GGUGAGUCCUCUUGCAAGUUGUUGUUAGAUCGUUGAGUUAUUAUUAGUUGAACGUUUGCACCAGAGCAAGCGACAGAGGUACGAUUAAAAACCGUUUGUUUUUCGACAAAAUGUCAGGAAAUUCAUCUUUUAAAGCUCCUAUUGGAGCUCCUUUAAAUAAAGCAAGAACAGUGGGAAAUGGAUCUAGUAGAUUUCAGGCCUCCAAACGUCAAAUGCAACCAGAAAUUCCGGCUGAGGAAGUUUCAAAUUCAACUAAGAAAAGAAAAAGCAGAUUUUCUGAUGCACCACCCUCAUCUAAUGCACCCCCUCCAACAGUCCUUGAGGUGCUACCAGUUCCACCUCAAAAUCCAAGAAAUCAAUCAACUGCCGCACUCGCCGACAAUGACAACAAGGCAGCUCUGGUAUCUGCAGCUGCCGCAGCAGCAGCACGCAUCAAUGCAAAUUUAUUAGCUCAAGGGAAGAUUAAAGCUCUGCCCAAUCAGUUGCAUUCUGCAUCAACAGCCCCUACAGUUAGCAUCUCAUCUGAUAUCAACAAUCCUGUGUCAUCUGUUGAAAUUAAGAAGAUUGAUGACAUGUUUUCUGCUGAAGUUGAAAUCAAUGAUAUUCCUGUUGGAUGUAGGAAUUAUUUAACAAGACUAACAACACAGGAAAAUAUCAACAAAUCCUGUCUUGCUUAUGUAUCAACACGUGGUAAGUAUAUGACAACGGAAGAAAAGAAACAACAUCCGUUAUUAAUGGGAUCAGAAAAACCUUUAUAUUUAUUUGUACAAAGCCAGUAUGAAGGAAAUGUGAAAAAGGCUUUGGAUCGAAUCAAACAAAUCAUAAACAAUCAUUUUGAAAAGAAAAACAAAUUUCAAUCAGAAGCUCUCGCUCAAAUUGCAUCUUUCAACCCAAUAGUUGCAUCAAUAUCACCUGGUCCAGCAGUCCAAGGGUUCGCCCCAGGAUAUCCAAUCAUCCAACAGCCUGCUAAUGCUCCCUUGCCACAUUGCCAACCUGCUUUACCAUCUGGGAAUUACAUGCAAGAGAAACUGUUCAUCGGACUGGAUAAUAUACCUGACAAUUUUGACUUGAAGAAUAAACUUAUUGGACCAAAUUACAGGAAUUUUACGUUCAUUGCAAACCAGACUGGUGCUAAAGUUAUUCUUAGGGGCAAAGGAUCUGGAUUUAUUGAACCUACGUCAGGACGAGAGGCUUUUGAAUCAAUGUACGCUUUCUUAAGUCAUCCAAACCAAGCUGGUGUUGAUGCAGCAAAACGCCUCGUCUCAAAUUUAGUCGAUACAAUAAAAGCGGAGUUACAACCUGUAAUGAGAAAUUCGGUGCGAAGCUCACAAAAUAGUGGAUACGAUACUAUACAAAAUAACUAUCGAAUGGUUCCACCACCUAUGUCAUUAUCUGUACCCAACUCUCAACCUGUUUCAUCUGCGUCAUCUGCAUCUUAUCCAUUCCAACAAUUGGGGGUUUCUGCUAAGCCAAAUCCUUUUUCUGAAGCUCCGCGGAGAAAAUUUAAAGAAUACGAAGAAGAGCCAUCGAACGUUUUAGGUUAUCAGCAUAAUUUCUCAGGCGCAGAAAAAGGUAAAUCAAAAUCAGAUUCAUCAAAGAAAAGAAGUUCAAAUUCAAGAGAAAAGUCAAGAAAAAGAUUCACAGAAGAUAUGUCAGUGACAAGUACACCAUCUCAAUCUCAGUCUACUGAAAAACCAGUGUUUGAUAAAGAAUCAAAUGAUAAUAAUAAAAGUGAUGCAAAUUUUAAAAGGCCAGUAUUGCCUUUUUGGAUGACACCAUGAUAAAGGUACUGUCACAAACGCUCGAUAAAGAUUGGUAGGUGUUGUUUUCCAGAAGCUUUUAUGGUACUUCUGGUAGGAUGCUUGUGAUAUGGGUUUGUUUAUGCGAUAAUGGUGUUAUCCUUAUAUUUCAGUUCCAAGAGUCUUAUGAUUCUAAUUAUAGUAAUUAGAUAUUAUGGAAUACGCAAGACUCUUAAACCAUUUGACAAACACUCCUGCUACUAGCUGCAAAAAAAACAAUUUAAACCAGAAAAAAUUUGGCAUAAGCAAGCUUCCUUUAUUUGUCUGUUGAGAACGCUUGCUGAACCUAAUUGUUUGUUUUUGUCGGAAAUCCAGACUUUAAUAACUACCGCACUACUAUUACAAAUCUGCAAUUCUAAGAGAGUUUGAAAUUUUUAUGCAUAUUCCUAUAAUUUGAAUAUAUUACUCAAAUGUGUUAGUGUCAUGACAUGCCCCAAAUUUUUAUUUAGUGUACGGGUGACCCCAAAAAAGGACACCCACAUUUACCUAACAACUAAACUUGUGAUUGUCCCCAAAAGUUUCAGUAAUCUAGUAGGUUUGUACAAAAGUUAUGUUCCAAAGGACACAGCUUCUCUUUGUAGUAGCUCAGUAUCUUCUAAUUUUUAAAACAAUUCUGGUAUUGUGAUGCACGAGUGUAGUUUCGAACAAUGCAUAUAUCUCAUUUUGAACCUUUUUGGCAAUAUAAAUCGCAGCGUCUUCAUGAUCAGGGUUUUAAUUGGCAUUUUGAAAGUAGUGGGGUAACAAAAGGCUUGCUAUUAUACAAGAUUACAAUGGCAUAGAUAAACUGUCUAAGACAGGGGUGGGCAACUUCUCUAGUCGGCAGGCCGGAUUAUUACAAAAAAUACUUUGGUAUCCAAUCUUUGUUAAAUGCUGGAACUCUCUGUCAACUUUACGUUUCUUGGGAUAUUCUAUG